ACAGCAUGUUAGUAGUCCUCUGAAAGAGCUCCAGUGUUUGGCUUUGGUUUGACAAGUUUCCCUUCAACCAUCAUGAUGGGAAGCAGCAGCAGCAGCAGAAGAGAGUAGUUUAGCUCACACAUCAAUAUAAACAAGUUGCAGCUCACUUUUUUAACACGUGUCUUUUGGACUCUGGAUUUUUUCUGGCAAAUGUAGGGUUUUAUUUUGACCUUCUGCAGCCAGUCAAGUGUUUAUUAUUAUUAGAAAGAGCCAGACUAGAGAGGCAAGAUGAACAGCCUGUCGUUUGAUGAUCCUUCGUUGGAUAAUCUGGAUCCAACACUGACUCUGAAUGACCCCAGUGAGAUAGACACAGCUCUGCUCAGCGACAUAGAUGACAUGCUACAGCUCAUCAGCAACCAGGACAUGGAGUUUGGAGGACUGUUUGAUAACCCUCCAUACACGGGGCCUCCUGUCACCCAAGAGCUUCCUGGUUUGACCCCAUCCAUCACCUCACCUGCCCCUCCAACCACCACCACCACCCCUACCACACCUCCACCUCCAUCUUCCAUCCUGAGCAGUAGCCCCCACCUGGAUGCGCUCCUGGGCCCUCCCAUCACCCGUAGUUCCUCCACCCCAGACAAGACCUUCCAGCCUCCCACCUUCCAGCAGUCCCCCCUGGCCCAGGUGCCCACCCCCACACAGAGGCAGCAGCCAGCCUCCCCGCCGCAGGCUCUGAGCCUCAGACAGCCCCAGGUGGAGCAGCCCCAACCCAUUCUCAGCCCGCCUGCCCCGGCCCAGGCAGCUUCACCUCAUGGCUCGCCAGCACCAACCCCAGCUUUCAGCUCUACGCCCCAGGCCCUCUUCACAUCGCCUGCACCCCAGACUCCACCUCAGCCCCAGAUACAGCUUCAGCCCCAGACUCAGCUUCAGCCCCAGACUCAGACUCAGCCCCAGACUCAGAACCAACAGGUCCGGACCAGCUACAUCAACCAGAACGGCUACACAACCGUCAGUCCCAGCAACGUGAGCCAACCCACCGCCAUCUUGUCAUCCUCACCUCCAACUUUUCAACCGGUGACCUUCCAGACUCAGCUCCAAGCGAUGACCACCACUUCUCCUCUUCUGACCACGACAGCGAGCCCGCCGGUUCAAACCAUCGCCCCCCACAUACAGCAAGUACCUGUGUUGCUGCAGCCUCAGUUCAUCAAGGCCGAGUCUCUGCUGCUGACCACUCUGAAGCAUGACCCCUGCAUAGUCACUACGAUGGCCUCUUCCUCAUCCCUGGCCACCACCACACAGAGCACUUCACUGCAGGCCUUUAUGGGCAGCGGCGGCACCAUCCUGACCUCGGUACCCAUCAUGGUGGACACUGAUAAGCUGCCUAUCAACCGCAUCGCCAUCAGCGGUAAACCGCUGGGCCUGCCGCACAAGGGAGAGAAGCGCACAGCCCACAACGCCAUCGAGAAGCGCUACCGCUCCUCUAUUAAUGACAAAAUCCUCGAGCUCAAAGAUCUGGUGGCUGGUUCUGAGGCCAAGCUCAAUAAGUCUGCAGUGCUGAGGAAAGCCCUCGACUACAUCCGUUACCUGCAGCAGACCAACCAGAAACUCAAACAGGAGAACAUGGCUUUUAAAAUGGCAGCCCAGAAAAACAAGUCUCUCAAGGACCUGGUUGCCAUGGAGGUGGAUGGACCGGCUGAUGUGAAGAACGAGCUGCCCACCCCGCCAGCGUCUGACGUGGGCUCCCCCACCUCUUUCUCACACUGUAGCAGUGACUCAGAGCCCGACAGUCCGAUGGUGGAGGACACCAAGCAGCCGAGUGUUGGCACGCCAGACCGGUCGGCAGCAGGAGGCAGCGCCGGCGGCAUGUUGGACCGUUCCCGCAUGGCGUUGUGCACCUUCACCUUCCUCUUCCUCUCCCUCAACCCUCUGGCCGCGCUGCUCUGCUCAUCCGGCAGCAGCUCAGCUGGAAGUGCAGCCGCCACCGCCACGCAUCACGCAGGAAGGAGCGUCCUGGGCGUGGAUAUCGCAGCGGAGUCGUGGGGCUGGAUGGACUGGAUGCUGCCAACUAUACUGGUGUGGCUGCUGAACGGUAUUCUGGUGUCGGGGGUUCUGAUCCGACUCUUGGUGUAUGGAGAGCCUGUAACCAGACCACACUCUGGAUCCUCUGUCUUGUUCUGGAGGCACCGCAAGCAGGCUGACCUGGACCUAGCUAGAGGAGAUUUUGCCCAGGCCAGUCAGAACCUGUGGACCUGUCUAAAGGCUCUCGGUCGUCCCUUACCCAUCUCCCAGUUGGACCUGGCCUGUGCUGCGCUCUGGUCCCUGCUAAGAUUCUGCCUCCAGCGCGUCUGGGUGGGCCGCUGGCUGGCUGCCAGGGCUGGAGGGCUGCGGUCUGACCGCCCCCUGAAGGAGGACGCCUGCAAAAGCAGCCGCGACGCCGCCCUAGUUUACCACCGCCUGCACCAGCUACACAUGACAGGUAAGCUGAAUGGUAGCCACCUGUCAGCAGUGCACAUGGCUCUGAGUGCGGUGAACCUGGCAGAGUGUGCCGGCUCCUGUCUGCCUGUAGCCAGUCUGGCUGAGGUCUACGUCUCUGCAGCUCUACGGGUCAAAGCCAGCAUGCCGAGGAUCCUGCAUUUUACCUCCCGUGUGUUCCUGAGCAGCGCCCGCCAGGCGUGCCUGUCGUCCAGUGGCAGUGUGCCUCCGGCUAUGCAGUGGCUGUGUCACCCGCUAGGCCACCGCUUCUUUGUGGACGGGGACUGGGCGAUCCGCAGCACUCCUAAAGAAAGCAUCUACAGCCAGGCUGGCAACACUGUUGAUCCUCUGGCCCAGGUGACUCAGGCGUUCAGGGAGCACCUCCUGGAGAAGGCUCUGUACUGCGUGGCCCAGCCUCACGGAGAGAAGAGCCCCAGCCAGGGAGAGGGAGAGUAUGCUGACGCCCUGGAAUACCUGCAGCUGUUAAUCAGUGCAUCAGAUGCAGCUGGUGCCACCUCCCAGUCCUUCGCUAUCGGCUCCAACAUGGCCACUGUGACCGGCUGUGACCCCCACUCCAAGUGGUGGUCCUCGGUUACCGUGGUGAUCAUCAACUGGCUCCAAGGAGACGACGCCGCAGCGGAGAGACUCUAUCCGACCGUCGAGCACCUGCCCCGCAGUCUGCAGAACGCAGAGAGUCUUCUGCCCAAAGCGUGUCUGAACACAUUCAGGGCGGUGCGGGCUCUGCUGUCCAAGCCAGAAAACUGCCAGCUGAGUCUGAGCUACAGCGACAAGGGCAGCGCCCUGCUUCGAGACAGCCUCAACCUAGGACCACACUGCCACAGCUCCAGUUUAGACAAGGUCGUCCAGUUGCUCUUGUGCGAUCUCCUGUUGGUGAUGAGGACCAAUGUGUGGCGCCUGCAGCAGCAGCAGGGGGCCGGUCCUGCGGGGUCGGGGUCGGUGGGUACCAGCGUCCCUGCGGGGCUCCACCAGGCCUCCCCACCGGAGCUCCAAGGUUUUCAGCAAGAUCUCAGCUCCCUACGCAAGCUGGCACACAGCUUCAGGCCUGCAAUGCGACGAUUGUUCCUUCAUGAAGCUACAGCCAGGCUGAUGGCGGGGGCCAGUCCCACCCGCACGCAUCAGCUCCUGGAUCGCUCGCUGCGACGCAGGGCAACGCCCGGAGCAAAGACAGAGGAGUGCGAGACGCGGCCGGGCCAGCGGGAGCAGGCGGAGGCCGUGAUGUUGGCGUGCCGCUACCUCCCUCCCUCUUUUCUGUCGGCUCCCGGCCAACGGGUGGGCAUGCUGGCGGACGCGGCCCGCACCCUGGAGAAGCUGGGAGACAAGAGGACCCUCCACGACUGCCAGCAAAUGAUCAUCAAGCUGGGCAGCGGCACCACCGUCACCAACAGCUAGAGAGAGACGGGGGUCUGAGAGACACAUGCAUGGACACUGUAUAUAGAAACAUCUCUGAAAUACAAAAAAUAACCCCCCCACCCCCGCAAAGACACAACCACACGGCGUCUGGAAAUUUUGCCGUGCAGCUACUGAACAGAUUUAUUAAGAUUCAUAUCAAGAUUAUCUUCAUGAACUGUCCCGACCCCGCACCAGGAAGCACUUGUAGAGGUCACCCUCUUGUUGCUAUGGAUUAUUACCAGAAUAAAGGCAGCAUUGUUUGCUGAAUCCCCCCGUUGUGAGAAUGCGUUGCAGUGCCACAGUUUGACCACAGAGAGGAGCCAUCACGUCCUCUUUAGUGGACGGUUGAAUGAUGUGUGUGAGUGUGUGAAGCAUGACGGAGAUAUCUGCCCUGCACUUAUUCAGUAAACCCCCCCGCUCUUUUCGACGUAAAUGCACCUGCUACAGGCAGGAGUGCUCAGUGGGUCGGAGUGGCGGGCUGCCCUGAUUGGCUGCAGAGCGUCUCUAAUGUUCGUGGGAGGAAAAGAAAGAAGGACCGAGCUCGGAUUGGUCCGACCGUGGGCUCGAUCGGCGGGAAGCCUCUCACCCUGGUUGUUCAAAAAGUAUUGAUUUGAAUCAUGUUUUUCACUGGUGAUUAAUCAGAGGAGAGGCGACCCCCGCUGUACGAGCUCUGUGUCUCUAUCUGCACUAAAGGCCCUGCGCGGCUGAUUUCAAUGAGAUAAGUAAUAAUAUGGCUUUAUGAAGUUAUUUUCAUAUAGGGUCACUUUUGUUGUUUUUUGCUGUGUACAUAUUUUAAAAAUGUAUUUAUAAUCUGUAUGAAUUUGAUUCAGCAGUAUUUUGCAUAAGCAGAGUGAUAAAUGCUUAUUUACCCCCCCCCCCCUGAAAAAACUUGUUUUAUUAGGUAGCUUUUGACCCGAAUCAGGUAAUACUGUGUUGCCAUGGCGAUGAUCGUCUGACUCAAUUGACCUUUUGCACUGUUGCACACACAUGCAACUAUGAUAUCAAAUGAAAUUGGCAGCGUCCAAUUCUGGCAACUAUAACGUGAACCUUUUUGGCACUUUUACAACAAGUUACAUAAUGCAGAUAAUUUCAAAAUAAUUGUCCCCAAAGAGGACCUGUAUGUAGUGAAGCGUCUGGUUUUCCUUUUGUAGCUCUGACAUCAGUCAUUAUAGUUUCAUGCUCCUAGAGAACCACCGUUUAUUGAUUUUUAGAGGACUGUAAAAAAAGAAGAAAAGAAAACGUUGGCAUGUGUUUUUGUCCCAAAACCAGUAUGUUAUUUUUUAUAGUGUCACUAAUGUGAAAGACUGAAAGACGUUGGAUUGAGAUGAAUGAAAUGCAGCCAUGUCUAAAGGUAUUAUUAUUAUUAUAUUAUUAUAUUAUUAUUAUUAUUAUAUGUGUCCUUUAUCUGACAUCUUUUCAUCUCUUCAUCAGUCUUUGGUUUCAUCCUUUGAUGAUGUAAAUAUUAAAGCAUUUUGUAAAGAAGA